UAAUAUUAACGUUAACAUCACGAUACACGCUCCUCUCCCAGAAUGCCUAUGAGAGUGUGAUCAGAAUUCCGCGAUCGAGCCAGCCGAGGAUGUUCCAGAGGUAUCGCGAAAAUGCCGGUGCGAGAGGUGCGGACCAGUGUUGCGCCGGAUCAAACGUUUGAGUUCGCGCUAGCUGUCGGUCCGCGGUGUCCCGUUCCCGCUGGUGAUGAUUACUCCGGAUCUCGAGCGAUGGAUUUGAUGUACAGAAGCCGAUCUCGAUGAUCCAGUACAAAUCCUGAGUGACAUGCACCUCGUUAUGUGUCAGGCCGUCGUGGCCCAUCGAAUCCUUUCCUUGCUUCUAAUUUCUUGUCUCGUCCUCAUAGGUAAUUGUUCUGAAGAUGAAGAGCGUUUAGUUCGUGAUCUUUUUAGGGGUUACAAUAAACUCAUUCGGCCUGUUCAGAAUAUGACUGAAAAGGUGGAUGUCAGAUUUGGCUUAGCCUUUGUUCAACUUAUCAAUGUCAACGAAAAAAAUCAAAUAAUGAAAUCAAACGUCUGGUUACGAUUGGUAUGGAACGAUUACCAACUGCAAUGGGACGAAGCCGAUUAUGGAGGAAUUGCGGUACUCAGGCUGCCACCUGACAAAGUCUGGAAGCCGGAUAUAGUUUUAUUUAAUAAUGCUGACGGAAACUACGAGGUUAGAUACAAAUCGAACGUAUUAAUUUAUCCUAAUGGCGAAGUUUUAUGGGUUCCUCCAGCAAUAUACCAGAGCUCUUGUACCAUAGAUGUAACAUAUUUCCCCUUCGAUCAACAAACGUGCAUUAUGAAAUUCGGCUCAUGGACGUUUAAUGGCGAUCAAGUCUCGCUAGCGCUGUACAAUAAUAAAAACUUCGUGGACUUGUCCGAUUAUUGGAAGUCGGGAACGUGGGACAUAAUUGAAGUGCCAGCCUACCUCAACAUAUACGAAGGAAACCACCCCACCGAAACGGAUAUUACAUUUUACAUAAUUAUUCGCAGGAAGACGUUGUUUUACACGGUGAACUUGAUCCUACCCACCGUGCUGAUUUCGUUCCUUUGCGUCCUCGUUUUUUACUUACCCGCCGAGGCAGGCGAAAAGGUUACAUUGGGUAUAAGUAUCCUGCUGUCACUGGUUGUAUUCCUGCUACUGGUGUCGAAAAUCCUGCCGCCAACGUCACUCGUACUACCACUAAUUGCAAAAUACCUUCUUUUUACUUUUAUAAUGAACACAGUCAGUAUUUUAGUAACAGUUGUAAUAAUAAAUUGGAAUUUUAGAGGUCCUCGAACGCACAGGAUGCCUUCCUGGAUUAGAACCGUAUUCCUAAAUUAUUUACCAGCGAUGUUACUUAUGAAAAGGCCUCGCAAAACUAGGUUACGAUGGAUGAUGGAGAUGCCCGGCAUGGGCGUGCCCCCUCACCCGUACGGUUCUCCGACCGACAUUCCGAAAAAUAUAAGCUCGAUCGAAUCGCAAAGCAAGGUGGAAGUGAUGGAACUGUCGGAUUUGCACCACCAUCCAAAUUGCAAGAUCAAUAGAAAACCGAAUGCGGCCGAUUUGGGCGUCGGUGUCGGCGGCGAUAGUUGUAGAAGAGAAAGCGAAAGCUCGGAUUCCAUUCUACUGUCUCCGGAAGCGUCGAAAGCUACGGAAGCUGUAGAAUUCAUAGCGGAACAUUUGCGCAACGAAGAUUUAUAUAUACAAACUCGGGAAGACUGGAAGUAUGUGGCAAUGGUAAUCGACAGGCUUCAGUUGUAUAUGUUUUUUAUAGUAACUACAGCAGGAACUGUAGGCAUAUUAAUGGAUGCACCUCAUAUCUUCGAGUACGUCGAUCAAGAUAGAAUAAUAGAAAUAUAUCGAGGCAAAUAAAAAAUUAAAUUAAAAAAUACUUAUUGGAUAAUUUAUAUCCUCUUGGCUUCCACGAAAAGGCCUACGGAACUGGAGUAAAGUGACUAACACAUGUGGUUUGUGAGUAAUAAAGUGAAACAAUAAGCUUUGGAACUGGCAACUUCAUAUUAUCUCAAUAUUUAUGAAUGUGAAGAAAAAUCAAAUUGUUCAAAAUAUAAUGUGAAAAUCAAAAGAUCAAAUGAUAUUAUAUAAAAGUAAAAAAUAGGACCUAAACGCGUUAAAAGCUGUUGCGAUUUUUUUUGAAAAUCAAAAGCUAUAAAAGACCAAGAACACGACGUUGAAUCGUCGUCGCCUUGAGACAAUAAAAGAAUAUCGAUCAUAAAUAAAACUUUUUAAAUACUGUUCCCCUUUUCUAAAUUUUUACAAAUAUUACAUUAGGGAUUGGUAUAUUAUAAAAUAUAUUUUGUAAUUGCAAAAUGCACCAGUAUCCCAUUCAAAUUUCUCGUAACCACUAUCCGUUUAGAAUAAGUUUUUUAUAGUCAAAUAGCAAAUCUAAACUCGCAUCUUUUCUACUUCGGACUAAUCGUGAGGAUAUAUUUUUUUCAUAUUUAUAACAGAGGAGAUUUUAUGAAGCAGCUGGUCCACCUAGGAGGGUGUAUAAUGGAAACACUCGUAGCGUUCGCGAGUGUUCAAUAGAUUGAUUUUUAAUUGUUGAAUAAAUAUCGUUGAGUGACAAUCGAAUGAAUCCGUGUGUGUACGGAAACUUUGUAAAAACGAUAUCGUUCAUCGUCAAAACGUCAAAAAAUGCGUCUAGAUUUAAUUAUUAUCAAUAAAUAGAAAUGCUGUAUGACGUGCUUACAAUUUUGUCCAAAUCUGUGCCAAAAUAUUCCGAUUAAAUUAGGUCAGUCGAUUAGCACAAAACUUUUUUUCAUGUAAUAAUUAAUGAGUUCAAAAGAUCUCCACUUUAUCAACUGAUUUCUGCCAUAAGAUUACCCCACUUCUUUUGACAUCAUAUCUGACGAUAAAUCAUUUAACUGUCACGAGCUUGAGUUGAACUUUGAUGAGUUACUUACCUUACAGAUUUCUUUCAUACAAUUAUCCUUUACGUACAUAAAUACCUAAUCAACUGCCCUAAUAAAAUAAUAUUUAUCUUCCAUAUCAAUUUUAUAUUAAGUCCACUGCAAAAUAACAUCAUAUUAACAUAGCGACGUACACGUAGAUUAGUCGUUUUUAAAGUGGUAAUUUUUUAACGAAUUAAUAUCGAUAAUUUCACCUACUGACAGUAAAGUUUAAUGAAAAAUUACAUUUUGGACAAAUGUGUGAAACACACUAACGUGAAUAUAAUUCAAGUAAGAGGCCCAAUUCUUAAGUUUUGAUUAGUUCACGGUAAUUAUUUUAAUUUUUCAUCAAAAAAAAUGUGGAUAUGCCCAAAUAUUAAUGUUUGUUUUUUUAUAAUAAGUUUAAAAAUGUCGAUAGUGUUUUAAAUUUCGAAAUAGUAAUAAAUGAAUUUAGGUCAAUUUAUAUAGGAUCGUUGAAUAAUGAUAAAAAAAUUGGAGCUUCGUGUCUUCCAGACAAAAAAAAAUUGUCAGUUCCUAAAUCAAUUAAUAAAUAUACUUCCAAAAAAAAAAAUAAAAACAUUACGAAUUUUUAAAAUUGCCUACUAUUCUUUAUACGUAUAAAUGAUAUGGGGAUAAUUUAACUUACUUCUUAGAAAGUUGUUAUUUAAAACGAUGAACGCGGUAAAUUUUUAUUCGUUUAUAUCAUGUUAGUAAAAUUAAGAAUAUGGUGCUACGAAAAUAAAAUAAAACUUGAAAAAAAAAAGUAAAAAGUAAAAAGUAGACUCUAGUAAGUUAACAUAAGGAAUUGAAUAAACUAGUAAUGAGAGAACGGUAUAAGAAUUUGGCCUCGGUACUUUUUAAUUAUUAUUAGCAACUAAAUUGUCAUGCACUUUAUCUGAUUUACUUAAAGCAUACAUCCAGAUAAAAAUUUUUUGCGAAAUUUACUACAAUUCUUACUUAUUUUUAAACUAAGUAAUCACAUGGUUAGAUUUGUUAUACACCUCAAUUUGACAUCGAAAACAUUAAUUUCUUCAAAUUAUAAACACUUUCCUUGUAAAUAUUUUAUUCAACAUAAAAAUAUUUUUGCUAAACAAAUGUUCGUAUUUAACGAAUAAUUGCAACUUUCUUAAUAGGAGGCAUUUCAUGUCCCACUGCCACAAGGCCUAAUUUAAUAAUCUCACGAACGAAUAAAUUUAGCAAUUGAGGAUUUAUAAAACCACUAACCAUUUAAUUACAUUAAACACAAGACUGAAAGUUAUUUAAAGCAAUUUAUUAUAGUGCCAUUUCGGCACCUAAAAUAUCGGCAUGGUACGGCAAAAGCGAACAAAAAAAUUUAGCAACAUAUUUUUAUCUGAAUGCUGCAUUUUCAUGCGGACAUUAAAUAAAUUGGGUAACACAACAACAAAGCGAAUUUGUCAAUAGCACUCGCAAUAUAGCACAUUGAUUCGUUGUAUCUAGUUAAUUUCCGCCGUAAUAUUGCGAGUUCUAACGGAAAAUUGUAUCAUUUAUUACGAACCCACCACCCUGCGCCUGCCGGUUACAUUUUAAAACGCAGCGAAUGCGAGCUCCUCAUCGGUUUGUUCAGCUUCGAAAGCAUCCGACUCCACCAAAAACCCGAUGGAGCAUUUAGGCAAUUUAACCGGUGUUCGACGAGCUUGCCGGCAAAUUCGAUGGGCAGUCGCCUUGCGCUAGCGAAACUCGCGACAUCGAAUAAGAAAGACAUUUUAUUAGAUUGUAGAGCCAUGCUCGAAACUCCUGCGACAUCAGUUAAUAAAUACACUGUCGUAUGUUUAGAUUAGAGUAGAAGGGAAUGAGACUAGGCAGUGUUAUACUGUUAAAUAACGUUUAAUUAAAAGUGUGUGUACCAACUGUCGCGGCAGUCUCAUAAAUUUAUACAGAACGAUUCCUGAUAUUUUUUUAUGCAGGAUGUACGCGAAAAUACUACGCUCCUUUGAAAGAUAUUGCGGGAAUUUAUUAUUUUCAAAAACACCCUGCAUGAGUACCCACUCAAAUAUUACAAUAGAAAAUUAAUGUCCGAUCUGAACCAGCAAAUAUCAGGAACGGGAUGAAAUUUAUUUACUCCGUAGUAAUUGUUUGUGAAUCAAAAGAAUAAUUGUUAUCAUUAAAUUUUAGAUGAUAGGAACGGCUUCGAAUUGCGCACUAUAAAUAAAAUAAGAUCGCUUUACUAUACAAUAGUUAUGUAUUAAAAAAAAGUAUUAACAUUUCCAUCAGUGUUCCAUCAGAGGUAAUUGAAAUUGCCUAAUAUAAGAAAUGUGGGCAGUUCGUAGACGUUCCAAACGGUGAUAAUUGACGCACUGAACUGGGUUUUUGAUAUAAUUAAAGCAAUAAAGAAGCUUCCAAUUUUCGUUGUCACGAUCAGUUUUGAAGAGUACCUACUUGGUUUUUGAGGGGCGAUGGCAAAUUUUUUGAUAUUCAGUGUAUUUAGCAGCGGCUCAAUAAGUUUUAAGGCGGUUAAUUUUAAUGUAUGUGAUAGCACGGAGAUUCAUAAAUAAUUGCCAAUCGUGAUCGGUUUGGUCACGAAGUGUCAUAACGAUCGAUUCAGCAAUAAAAUCAGUUUUAAAAUUUGGUAAUAUUCGAGAGUUUGGGUGUACUUAUCAUUAUUUUACUUUAAAUUAAGUACUAAUUAGUAGCCAGUAGUGUUUUUGAAUGAAUCAACUAUAUUUGUAUAUAAUGUAAUUCGUUGUAUUUUUAUUAAAUAUUAAAAAUAUGUAAUAUAAUAAUUUUUUUAAGUAUUAUCUAUUUAAAAUCGUUAUGACGUAUAAAUAAUGUCCUUAUUGAUCUUAAUUUUUGUAGCAAAUUAGUACCGAAAUAAAUAUUUAGUUAUGUAAUGCUCAGUGCAGAUAGGGCAAAAGCUGAUCGAAAUAAAUAUCGGUUCCAGAUUGAUUAAAAUUAUUUAGCAAAUCUCAAUAAAUCAAAAUAGCGCUUCAAAUACAUUAAGAUUUUGCCUGUCUGCUAAUUGUCUUUAUAUUAUUUUAGGUACUUACCUAGAUGUUACGUGUUUUCAUUAUAAUUAAAAAGUGUACCUGAAAUUUAUUAUAGUAUUAACCGAUUAGUAAGAACAUAAUAACGUACACUCACAUUUAUAGGUGCUAAUUAACACAAAAAUUUAGAUUUAAAAUAACGUACUGUAUAUAGAACAAUCGAUAAUCGUCUGCAAGGGACGCUAAAGCCGAAAAUGUAACUUGCUCAUCAUAACUAAAUAAAAAUUAUAUUGGAUAAAUCUAAUUUUUGGAAUCAACUUGAAGCACUAAUCGAAGGCAAUUUUGUUUCGUUUAACAUUGUAUAUGUAUAAUUUUUAAUUAGUUAAAAAAGAAACAAUAUUUAGGAAUUUUCAAAAAUGUAUAUCAACUGAUCACUGUUAACAAGAAAAAUAUAUAAAGUGAAGAAUGAAAAAUCUAAUAUUUACUGCAAUUAAUUUUAAACCCACAAACGACGCGUUUUCUUCGGGCUAAAUAAUGAACAACUCACCUCACAAAUCAUUUGCUUUACCAGCCUUUUAUCCUGAUCUCUGUUCGCAGCUAACCUUUUUUGACAAUAAAAUCGAAUUAUUUUUUCCCCGGAGAAAAUCUUCCGAACAGUUCAACAAGCGACAUUAAAUUAAAAAUGUCUCCGGCAGAAUUUUUACGCAUGAAUUUGUAGAAUAUUAAACGGUCUUCCAACUUAUUUAAUACCGUUUGUUGAAUGCACUGUCCACAAUAUACUUACGAAUAAAUUCGAAAACUGCUUGAGUUUAUGUACCUGUACUUGUCAAAUAGAAUGCUUAUUGUGAAAUAAAGUUAAUUAGUAGAUUUUAAGGUGUAAAUUUACCUACUUUUAGUUUUAAAGGAUAGUGAGCUUAAGAGCAAAGUAGCUAAUAGUUGGUAAAAGUUAGUUUGGUAUACUUAGUGAAAUGAUUUCGUCGAUUUUAACGGCAUUCGAAUUUUAUCCUCAAUUUAAGCGAAGAGCUAAUGAUAUUUUUUACUGGAAAAAUAAAUGUAUACUACUUAAAAAAUGAUGUAUAAAGUUUGGACACAACAAUUCAAUCAUUUGAUAAAAAGUGUUGAACUAAUAACUAUCUAAUGCGUUAGGUUAGAUUAAUAUGUUGAAUGCGGUGUUUCAAUCAGAAAGCAACGUUUACGUUGAUAAAUCAAUUCCGAAUUUCAAUCUAAAUUCAAUAUUUUUCAAAAUUAAGCUAAUAUAAAAAUCUUGUAGGAUUCCUGUAGUCUUUUAAGUGAUAAUUUUAAUGUGGGCAUACCAACGCCGAUGUCGUCACGUUGUAAAUAUACAUUUUUGUUCUAUUUAUUUCGUUUAAGAUAAAUAUAUUAUGCAUAUAUAUUCAAAAUGAUAAAUAUAAUAAAUAUGAUAAAUGCAGGUUCAAUAUUCUGCUAACAGUGGUCAUAAUUCACAUUAAUAUUUCGUAAUUUAUUAUACAUGAAAAUAUGGAUUUGUACCGUAUAGCACUGCCUCCUGUGUUUCAGCACAUAAUCGCUUGGAACACCUAUUGACUACUUAAUACAAUACAAAAAUCAUUUACCUGUUAUGAUGUUAAUGUACCAGAUGCAUUUACAAUAAAAUACGCAAAAUAAUUGUUA